AUGAUUGCCAAAUAUCAUUCCACAUCCGUUGGCAACUUCACAGUCCAAUCUUCCACUAAUUUUCGUCAUGAUAUGAACUCCGGCUAUUUUCUCGUAAACUUCUACAUGGAUUCAUUCCAGCUCUAUGUUCUUCUUCUCCUCGCUCUUAUCUGCUCAACAACAUUAAGCGCAAGAGGACCUCCUCAGGAGAACAGCAAUAGAAGAGGACAGCCUCCGAUGGAUGGGCGAAAUGGCCAAAAUGCUCCACCCACAGGAGGACGUGGCGGACCGGGACGUGGGCCGAAAGGGGGACCUCAACAGCAGGCUCAAAAACAGUGA